AUGUCGAACAAAUACAGUAGCGUGCUCGCAAAUUCUCGUGUGCUGAUACUUGGAGGCUCUUCAGGCAUUGGCUUCUGUGUAGCUGAACAUGCCUUGUCUCUGGGCGCCAUUGUCACAAUUUCCUCCUCACGCCAGUCGAAGCUGCAAGAUGCUCUUCAGAGACUGAAAACUUCCGUGCCAGACUCAGCAGCAAAUGUCGACGGCCAAGUUUGCGAUCUGUCUGAUGUUGACUCCCUCCGACAAAAUCUUGGGGAAUUGCUGAAGAAGGUCACAUCCACACACCUGCUAGACCAUAUUGUUUUCACCGCCGGCGAUGGCAUCAAGAUUAGACCUGUCGCUGACCUUGAAGUCGACACCAUCCAAAACAUGGGCAACGUCCGCUUCCUUGGUCCCCUGUUACUCGGCGGUCUCGCAAAGAAUUACAUGAGACCCUCCAAAUCCUCUUCCAUCACUUUGACCAGCGUGACAAACAUCACAAAGCCAGGANAAGGGUGGACCACCGUCGCAGGCUACGGUGCUGGCACUGAAGGUAUCGCGAGGGGUCUCGCUGUAGAUUUGGCCCCCAUCAGGGUCAACUGUGUGUCUCCUGGCGCUGUACACACCGAAAUGUUUGAGGAUAUUCCGGCUGACAGGUUGCCCUCUGUUCUGGAGAAAUUCCGUGAACGAAGCUUGACGAACAGUGUCGGCACGCCGGAAGAGCUGUCUGAAGCCUAUAUCUACCUAAUGAGAUGCUCAUUCGCCACUGGUUCUUUGAUUGAAGUGAAUGGCGGAUCCUUGUUGGCUUAA